CAUGAAAAGCAAAUACCCUCAAACAGCCUUUAUUUAAUCUGCUGUUGCAGAAGGCUAUGGCCUCAGUUUUACAAGCAUCUUGUAUGGAAUAAUACUUACUACCUGAGAAUUAGGUUUCUAAGUUCACAGGACCAGGCCCAAACACUCAUAUUUAGGAAUAGUAGUUCUGGAGCUAUGGAGAGAAAAAAAAAAAGCAAAAAACCCACCCCAAAAAUGUAAGUACAGAGGUACAGAUUAUUAUAACCAAAAUAAAAAAAAUAAGCAACAACAAAAGUUUUAUGAGACAAGUACUUUCUGUAGUAUUUCAGCAUAUUUGUAAGGCCUGAAAGAUUAUUCAGUGUUUAUGACGCUAGGUCACAAACUGAAGUCAGAAGUGUUUCACACUUAUUUAGCCUGAGCUACAGACACACUAUAAUUAAUUGUAUUAACUGGUUGUUACAGUAGAUUACUUACAAAGUUGGGAAAACACGGUGAUAAUAAUGCAGACCUCAGGGGUGCAUACUGCUUUGUAUUACAAGGUCUUUUUAAGGCGUUUCAAAGGUGAUUUCUCUUUUGUUUGGGGGAAGAAUAACAUCCUUUAUUUUUCUCCCCAAAGUACCUCUCCUUUGCAACCUUUUUCUCAUUCACUUGUAAAAAUGAGAAGGACCUGCUCUGUCUGGCACUUACCAAUCCUCUCUCAAGGCAAGGGUGGCAGAAGAAAGGCAUUUCUAACACUUCUAACGCUUUUUUUUUUUUUUUUUUUGGCAGUAAGUUAAUUGCAGACUACAAACUAAUUCAGCUUUUGCAAACGAACCACCAGAAAGUCAAUCUUGCACUUUUUUAAAGCAUCAAGCUGCAAGUAAUUUUGUGUAGUUUCACCACAGCCUUAGGAAGCACACAUGAUGUUCUUAAUCGCUGGAUGAUUUCUCAGGAAAAGCAGGAGCCCACAGCUCGAAUCGGUGCGCUGGGAGAGCUCCCUGCGAUAGGGGCGCGUGUCGCCCCUUUCCGUUCGCAAGCGGCUUCCCCGACUUGUCGCUCCCCCUCAGCAAUCCCUGGCAGAUCGACCUCCUCGCCGGAGGGAGGGAAGGAGGGAGGGAAGUCCCGACAGGUGACAGAAACCCCAGCGGGCAGAAAAGGAGGUGAACGCCGGGCGGGGGGCACCGCAGCCGGGGCUCGGCUGAGAGACCCGAUAGAGGGGUACGCCCGGCAGCCGCCCUCGCUCCACCAGGCACUGCUCGCUCAUUGGCUAGAGCCGUAGGAAGGCAGCUUUUGAUUGGUGAGUCGGUCUGUCUAUCAGGCGAAAUAGCGCUGCAGGCGCCGCCGGGCCGGGCCCCGCGCGAAUCAAGAGUCCCAGAGCAGCCUGCCGGCGUCAGGCAGCGCUCCCCCUCUCCCCCGAGGCGGGCUGGCGGCGGCUCGCUCGCCUCACCCUGCGCUGCUGAGAUCGGUUGUACUUCGCUACUUUACGAAAUAAACCCAAAAGCACCGUGAAUACGCACUACUUCUGUACCGAUGAGGAACUGGUCUAUGAAAAUUUCUAUGGAGAUUUUGGACCUCUAAAUUUGGCAAUGUUAUACAGAUACUGCUGUAAACUAAAUAAGAAAUUAAAGUAUUUCAGUCUAUCAAGAAAGAAGAUAGUGUACUAUACCAGUUUUGACCAGCGGAAACGAGCAAAUGCGGCGUUUUUAAUAGGUGCAUAUGCUGUAAUAUACUUGAAGAAAACACCAGAAGAAGCUCACAGAACACUUCUGUCUGGAUCUAAUCCACCAUAUCUUCCAUUUAGGGAUGCUUCAUUUGGGAACUGCACGUACAAUCUUACGAUCUUGGACUGUUUACAGGGAAUAAAUAAGGCCUUGCAGCAUGGAUUUUUUGACUUUAAGACAUUUGAUGUGGAUGAAUAUGAACACUAUGAGCGAGUGGAAAAUGGUGAUUUCAACUGGAUUGUUCCAGGAAAAUUUUUGGCAUUUAGUGGACCACACCCAAAAAGCAAACUUGAAAAUGGUUAUCCUCUUCAUGCACCUGAAGCUUACUUUCCCUAUUUCAAGAAACAUAAUGUUACAUCAGUCAUAAGACUAAACAAAAAAAUUUAUGAUGCAAAACGCUUUACUGAUGCUGGUUUUGAGCAUUAUGACCUGUUCUUCAUAGACGGAAGCACACCAAGUGACAGCAUAGUUCAGAGGUUCCUCAACAUUUGUGAAAAUGCUGAGGGUGCUAUUGCUGUGCAUUGUAAAGCUGGCCUGGGGAGAACAGGAACACUGAUUGCCUGUUACAUAAUGAAACACUACAAGUUCACACAUGCUGAAGCCAUUGCUUGGAUAAGAAUAUGUCGACCAGGCUCUAUUAUAGGACCCCAGCAACACUUCUUGGAAGAGAAGCAAGCGAUGUUAUGGCUGGAGGGAGAUCUCAUCCGAUCAAAGCAGAAACGAGUAGUUGAUGGAAACAUUAACAGAGUUCUUUGUGGCUUGAAUGACAUGUCAAUCAGUGACAGCAUAAAUAAAGUACAAGACUUGGAUCAAUACAGGGAGGAUGAUUUUGAAGACAAAGCAGGUGCAGAAACUCAGAAUGGCAUGACGCAGGGAGAUAAGCUUAAUGCCUUAAAAAGUCGGAGACGGCAGUGUUCUGCUACAACUGGAGCUCUGAGGCUGCAAGACAUGAAACUGCACACGAGGUCAAUAUCACAACCUUUCAGACUGAAUACUUCAGGUGGCACAGAAGGAUCCACGUCUCCUCUGAAGGCCUCCAAAGUGAUGGCAGUUAAGUCACCAUCUGCAGAAAGAAUAAGCAGAAUUCCCACAUCCUCAGGCUCUAACCUUAAAAGCGUUUCCAUAAACUCCAGACUAGCCAGUUCUCUAGGGAACCUGUAUGCUGCUUCAGAUGAUGAUGAGAGCAAAAUGACAUCAUUGUCCUCUAGGACAGGUUUUUCUGUAAGCCAUAUCUCCAGCCACUUGAACGGCAGCUUGCAGCUGCCUCACAGAAAUAACCAUGAACUGAACAACAACUUGUACAACAGAAACAGCAGUAGUGGCAACAACCUGAGCAGCCAAACCAGUUUUCACAGCGCCGUGACAGAUGAAUAUGCAUCAGCCUUCCUUUAUGGGCCUUACAACUCCUCCAGCAUGAUACCAGAGUCAAUCAAUUCCUUCCCUUCAGUCUGAGUAUGUUCAGUUCUAAAGCCUUGCUGCUUUGGUGAAACCUGUUGAGCUCUUAAAAUUCAAGUCCUUCAUGAAGGUGAAGAACUUAAGGAAGGAAGCUGCUCACUCAGAGAAGGAAUCUCCAAUCCAGGACAUACUGAAACCUAAACACCAAGAAGGCAGCUUCUUAACAGGCAGAAAUUUCUUGUUGAUGACUACUGCAAUGCACUGAUGUUAAAUUUAUGGAAAUUAUUACCCCAUGUUAAAUACAGAUUUAAAUUUUUUAUGUUGAAACAGUUUGAAUAUAUUUCUAAUGAGUUUCAUUAAGAUGUUUAUUAACUUGUGUACAGUGUUAAAAUAUGUAUUAAUAGAAUAUUUUGGUAAGCGAUAUAUAUAAAAAUUAUGUAAAAAUUAGAAUUUAUUUUAAUUAUGUCAACUUUGCUACAAAAAAAGUAUUUUAAAGAAUUUGUACAUGUUUAUCAAAGAUGAAAUUUUUUUAUGAACAAUAUUUUUUCUUGGUUUAUGGGUCCAUCAUUAUUGCUUAAAGCCUAAUGUAAUUACUUCUUCACUAAAUGGUCUUUGGUAACUUAAUGGAAGUCUUAACUAGUGAGAGACUACUAGUUACUACACUAUCAACUGAAAGCGCUUGAUAUAUAAUCUGCUUUCUACUUUCAGCUGCUAAUGUUUCAUAAGGAAACACAGUGAAAGAAAAAUAUAGGGAAAAUAUGUGUUGAGAUGUAAGUUACAUCAUCUGCUGCAAAGAGAAAGUAAUACUUACCUGAUAAUUCAAUUGUACAAUUAACACGUUCUUUCAGUUUGUCUUAAAGGAAUAUUGUAACUUUUUAUUUUCAAUGUAGAAUCUUAAAUUUUGCUAUGCAAUAUAUACUGCAUAAACGAAGGCAGUCCAGAUUUAAAUUGGUAAGAAUGUGCAUGUGCAGUGAAUUUGGCAGUGCUGCAUACUCACAUGCUUUUAAUGUACAUUUGGCUGUAUGUGUACAGUUUCAUUAGUGAAGCACACUAAAUAUUGGAACUAUAUUAAAUUUUUACAUAUCAAUUGGAUGCUUCAUAAACAAUUAGAAAACUAUUGCUAAACAUAGCUAAUUUAUCCUGUAUCAUAGAAUAUUUUGGUUAGUAGUAAGGAUGCUCUUCAAUAUACAGUUUAAUCGGGUGCGAUUAGGAAUGAGACUCCAAGAAUGAAGUGGUGUUACAGUGAGAAAUACUAGAGAUCAUGUGUAAAAAUUUUCAGAACUCCACAACUGCAUAGUAAGCAAAAAAAAAAAGUUGCUAUGAGGACUUGAUUUGCCACUAAUUUAGAACACAAAACUGAAACAGAUUUGUUACCUAUGAGUUUUUUCGGCUAUCUACAGAAACUUGAAAAUAAAACUUAGGUUAAUUGUCAAUCUUUGUUCCUGAAGAUCUGCGAAUACCCUGCAUUUCCUUUGCAACUGAAGUUAAGAUGAAGUGCCACGUUUUUCAAAAAAAAAAAAAGAUCAGAUCACAGAUUGCUAUGGAAGGUUGUACUGAAAGUGUUAAUAAGCAAUACUGAGAGCAGCUGUAUAAAUCACUGAAUAAAAGUUACAUGCAAUACUGUACUUUUUUCACACUGUGUAUAUGUAACAUAUACACACACGAAGUAGCAUAUCUGUGUGCAUAUAUAUACAAUAUACUGUAUAUGAAUUAUAGAUUAAUGGUAAGGUAAUUCUACCUCCUAUAAAGAAUUGUCAUGUACUUUGUUAUAAAUAGUUUUCCUUAAUAAAAUAUUGUUUAAUUUUUACAUGUAGAUAUAUAUACAUACAGCUAAUUGAUAAUAAAAUGCCUGUAUCAGCCA